GCUGCAUCACUGUUGAGAAGUAGCGAGUUUUCCGAGUGUUCCAGAAUAUAUAGAGCUUUAUCGUGCAAUCUAGGUCAUGCUGGCCAACACGAAUCUACCACUAACACAGUUUGAAAGGUAUUUCUUUUACUAAUGUCCUCGUCUGUUAAUCCUAGUGACGCAAUGGGACUGGAACGCUCUAAUUCAGGUAUGUUGGUUGAUGGGCUGACUCCUCCGAAGUUUGGUUACAUAAUUGGCGGUUCCGAAGUGAACCCUGAUGAUAGUGAACGACACAAAUACAUGGUUCAUAUUAGACGUUUUGUGAUCGAUGACGUUACCACAAACGAUACGCUAUCAAUUCCUUGGUGCGGCGGUACCUUGAUUAGUGAAUGGCACAUUUUAACCGCAGCUCACUGUUUGUUCAACGAUCAAGGGGAGCUUUCGAAUGAAAUCGAAAUCUUUUUGGGGGUCAACGCUAUUCCACCAAAUGGGUUGAUCGAGUUGCUGUAUUCGACCAGCACUAAAAGAACUGUUUCCAUGGACGGAAUUUUAAUUCACGACGAUUUCAAUCAGUUGGGCAAGGGUGAAAAUGACAUCGCCAUCCUGAAGAUGGAUACGCGCGCUAUCCUGAACGAGAAUCCAGGUGUAAGUCUGAUAAAGUUACCUGAAAAAUGUAGCGAUUGCACAGUCGAUUACGCAGGGAAGAGAAUUAUUGCAAUUGGCUGGGGUUUGACAUCAUCCGAUGGAAUGAGUCCCCCCAACAUGAUGCAAGUUGAACUGGCAGUAAAUUCCAAGGAAGAAUGUGAAAAGCAAUUUAGUGUGGCGUACAACGACGAGUAUCAGUUAUGCACAGUUCCGUCAAGUACCAAAGAAACUUGUCAGGGAGAUAGUGGAGGCCCAAUUAUUGUCGAUGGCGUCCAAAUUGGAAUCACUAGCCACGGGCCUGCAAAGUGUGAAGAAGGCGGCGUUUACACGCGGGUCUCGGCGUACAUAAACAAUGGAUGGAUCGCCGAUAAGAUGAAAGUCUAGAAACAAAAAUUUACAUUUCAUUUGAUUUCAAUUUAUGAAACAAUUGAUUUAAUUAUGUUUGCGCGAAGUGAUUUGCAACAGUCUAACAACUUGCAUAAUUAUCGCUGAUUAUUAUAUAGAUUUAUUGUAAAAAGAUAAAUACAA